GACUUUAGGUAGAGUUGUGAACUUUUCUAUAGUAUGACUAAACCUAAGGUCUACGUUACUGGGGUAGGCAUGACCCCUUUCAUCAAACCUGGAAGGAAAGAUAUAGACUAUGUCGAUCUAGGGGUAUUGGCUAUACAAAGAGCCCUCAGAGACGCUGGGAUAUCUGGUCAAGAUAUUGAUGCGGCAUAUGCUGGAUACGUGUAUGGUGAUAGUACAUGUGGUCAACGAGUCAUCUAUCAAGCCAUUGGCUGUACCGGUAUACCUGUUGUGAAUGUAAACAACAACUGCAGUACUGGGUCGUCGGCUAUGUAUCUAGGGCGUCAGGCUAUCCUGGCCGGCAUGGCCGAUGUAUGCCUAGUCGUGGGGUUUGAGAAGAUGGAGAAGGGCAGCCUUAGUGCUAAAUACACGGAUAGAACGGACCCUCUUGAUCGCCAUAUGGUAGAGAUGGCAUCUAUGCGUGGUUUCGCAGCAGCACCAGGGCCUCCACAACUCUUCGGCAAUGCUGGUAUCGAACAUAUGGAGAAGUACGGUACAACAGAGAGACAACUGGCAUGCAUAGCUAGCAAGAACCACAACCACUCUGUCAACAAUCCCUACAGUCAAUUCUGUGAUCAUUACACAGUUGAACAGAUACUUGCCUCCCCGAAGGUCUUUGGGCCUCUCACUAAGCUACAAUGCUGCCCUACCUCUGAUGGCGCUGCUGCUUGUGUGCUGAUGAGCGAUAAUGCGGUUAGGAAAUACGGGUUAAUCGAUCAGUCCGUGGAAGUAUUGGGUAUGUCUAUGGUAACCGAUACACCGGCUACCUUUACUACCAAGAGCUGUAUGGAUGUAGUAGGCAGAGACAUGACGAGGAAGGCCAUAGCAGGGUUGUUGGAUCAAACUAACCUCAGGAUGAAAGACUUCCAGGUUGUGGAGCUUCACGACUGCUUCUCUGCCAAUGAGCUGAUCACGACAGAGGCCCUUGGCCUCUGCAAAGAGGGACAGGCAGGUCCUCUGAACGAGCAAGGCAAAUUCACCUACGGCAGGGACAACAUUUGUGUGAUCAACCCUUCUGGAGGUCUCAUCUCGAAAGGCCAUCCUUUGGGUGCCACGGGACUAGCUCAAUGCUGCGAGCUCGUGUGGCAACUCCGUGGAUGUGCUGAUAAGCGUCAGGUCCCCGGUGUGAAGCAAGCCCUUCAACACAAUCUCGGUCUCGGAGGGGCCUGUGUUGUAGCUGCAUAUAAGAAGGCUAAUAGUAACCCACCUAUUAGGGCUCUGCCUAGUGAUCCGACUAUUCUUCAAGCAUGGGAGAAGGAAGGUUGUCCAUUCUCAAGACGUCCAACGCUGAUGAUGGCCAGCAGCAAAAUGUAGAAACUCUGGUUCGACUUUAGAUAUCUCUGGUUCGACGUAAUCGACCAAUUCUCAUGACGCUUCUUUUGUUAAUCCCAUCGGGAGUGUGA